AUGCCGCCGCCAGCUCGUCAGCGACCUCGCCCAAGACCUGCUCCAAGACCUGCUCCAAGACCUGCUCCGCCGAACAAACAGUCGGACAAUGGCCAGCUCAUGACACCUCCAAAAGGCCAACUACAAGCAGCUUCGUCUGGGCCGGAAAAGAGACAAAUAAAAUACAACAUCUUGACUUACCUAGCCUGCGUCCAAGAAUGCCAGAUAGACGUGACCGACAUGGUACCGAUUGAAGCCCAGGGCAUCUUGGGCCGCGGCGGCCAGGCCAUUGUAGUGCAGACGCAGCAAAGCCUCGACACGACCCUGGCGUUCAAGUACAGGAUACCGGAGCCCAGCAUGUUCGGAAGCCGAUCGUGGGCGAGCGAGAAGGGCGACGAUGCGGCUUAUCGCGAGAUCUGCUCGGAGGUGAUGGCGCUGGGACACCCUGAGAUACGCAAGCACCCCAAUAUUGUGCAGUUGCUCGCCGUCAGCUGGGAACUUCGCAGGAAGAAGGGGUGGAUCUUCGGCAGCACUCUGCAAGUCUGGCCGAUGAUGAUCUUUGAGAAGGCCUCACAUGAGGACCUGCGCAAGUUCAUGACGGCUGGCGAGGGCAAAGAACUGAGUCUCGCUGCUGGUGUUGGUAUAUGUGAGGACCUCGCGUCAGCGCUCGCAGUCGUCCACAGCAACGAUAUCAUCCACGGCGACAUCAAACCGGAAAACGUGCUGGUGUUUGCAGGACCCGUCGUGAAGCUGGCAGACUUUGGCUUUUCCGCGCUUGCAUCGGGCAAGCCUUUUCGACUUGGGGGGACUGAGCCCUGGGUCGCACCAGAAUACGACAGGUCAGGUCGUUACACACUUGAGCAGGCCAAGCUAAUGGACCUCUACUCGUAUGGGCUGCUAUGCUUGUGGGUGGUUUUCAGGGACCAGAUACAGGAGAUGGGAUCGCAAAUACCAGCACGCAAUGGCUCCCUACUCUCUCGUCUAUCUAGCAUCUUGAGCCGGCGCUAUCGCGACAUGACAGACUCCCCCUCUCCUGUACCUCCAGACCCGGUCUUGAACUUCUUUGCCGAAUACAACGUAAAGGAUGCAUCGCAGAACAUGAUGCGAGCGCGUGCCUUGGAGCUUGUGGACAAGAUGGACAAGAUAGACGAGUCCGGGUUCAAAACGGUGUUGCAUCGGCUAUUCGCCACAUCUCUCUCAUACAAGCCUGCCGAGCGAUCAUUUGGCUCGUCAGCUGGGACUAACUUCGCGAUUGUAGCAGGAAUACUGCGCGAGGCAGGUGCUAAUCUUGGAGACGCGAACCUUUCCACCCCGGCAAACAGCGAACCAUCUCAAGAGCAUAGUCCAAAACCAUCAUUUCCUGCACCAGAAAGCUUUCAGGUCUGGAAAUCGCUACCGGGUCUCUGUAUGACGGACUACCGUGUGCGAGAGCAUAUUUGCAAUAAGCUAAUCAAGGAAUACAAUGAUGCCUUGGAUGCCGAACAGAGAGCUCGACUUGCCGUCGAGAUUGCCUUUUGCAAGAAGAUUGGAUUGGGUUGCGAAAAAGAUGACCAACGAGCAAACUCCCUCUUGGAGGAAGCCAAAAGCUUAUCUCCCGGAGUGCUUGCUUGGGGAGAGGAUUCUAUCCAGGAUACACAAAUGCGUGAAUGCAUAGAUGCUUGCCAGGCACCCACGAGGCAGCGCAACUUUAUCAUUCGCGAUCUCUACGACAACGGGACGUAUUUACCAUUCUACCACGCCACUCAUUUUCGCUCCGAUCCAGAUCAGUUGUGGAUGGGCAUGAAGGAGGCUCGAGAGAGGGAGGUUGAGAGGAUGGAAGAGGCUCUUGGAAAUACCCACGAAGCGGUCUUGCAGCUCAAGUGGGCGCUAUCUACUCUCUAUGGCGAAAUGAGGAUGCCAAUCCACCAACUAAGGCUUCUCGGUGGUGUGAUCAGAGAUAUUGAGGACGACAAAAGCCGCGGCCCGCAUCAUCGCGAUACGAUCAUGACGAGAGUAUAUUAUACCAUUGCGCGCAAUGACGCAUUUGGAGUGCAGUAUGGUGAUAAAUACAUCGGCCAGGACCGAGAGCUUGUUGAUUUGCUGUCACGAAGCAGACUUGCCGAACAUGACAUGACCCGAAUUCUCGCGGCAGAGUUGUCUGAAAUGCUGGCUUACUCUGGGCACUUCAGAGAGGCUGCAGAGUUUUUGAAGCUUGCGAAGAGGAUUGCUACCAUUAGGCAUGGCGAGGAUGGCAUCGAGACCCUCAAGCUCUCGGCAAUGGAGUCUGAUCAGCUGCUCUCCGAAGGUAAUGCGGUAAAGGCGAUAGAGAUAAAAAAGCAUGUGCUUAAGAGAAUGAAGAAGCUAGUGGACCAGAGAGACCCCUUGUUGCAUCACCUGCGGUUGAAUCUUGCCAUGGCUCUCCUAUCGUCGGGUAAUCUAUCCGAGGCGAUUGAGCUGAUGCAAGAAUCGGAAGAGGUGCUCAGGAGAAACUUUGAGCCUCAGAGUCCGAUCAUGCUGACCACGGCCUUGACUCGCUUGGCGAUGUUGACAAACCAUGGAAAAUUUGAAGAGCCCGUGAGGGCCUUGCCGAAUAUCAUAGAGGGUCUACAAAAAGACCCAUGGCAGCCGUCCGAGAUGUUACCCCCUGAGCUGACCGCCCUCGAGCUGUCUGAUUUACUGAGGACUGAGGUUGAAAAACCAGCUACUACCUAUCCAGACCUGCGGCUAUUUCCCAAAAGGCCCGAGCUACUCAUGGCGCAGAUUCUGUAUGCAACAGCGUGCCGCGCCUACAUCUUCUCAGAAGGUGACCGGGAGCGUGGAGACAGCAAAGACGCCCUUCCUGCCAACCUUGAGCAUGAAGCUGACAAGUGUCUGGAGGAAGCCAUGCAGGCCAUUGAUCGUAGCAUGGGAUCUGACGAAUGGCAUCUGCCCAGUGCGGUCAAGGGCGUUGCGGGCUCAGCCCUCCGGCUAGCCAUGGACCGGGAGAUGACUCCUCUCGUGGAGCUGAUUGCCUCGAUGGGCGCGAGAAAUGAGAGAAACGGUCUGCAUUAUGACAAAGCCACUGCAAUAGCGCGGAGGACGGGUCUGUGGAAGACCACUGCCCUGUUAGAGGAGCAUCGUGACCUUUGCGCGAGGAAGCCUGCAGACACAUGGGAUCCACCGCUGUUUCAAAGCCAACGUGAUUUGGCUGCAUGGCUUACCGGGCAGUGGAAAGGGUCGUAUCUCUACGAGAGCAUCGGCUCACGCAGAGAUCCGAAAGGUCUUCGGAUUCUAAACCUACAGGCCAUGGAUCCAGCAGAGGCUGCUGCUGCUGCCGACGGCGACGGCGACGGCGACGACAUGACAGACGGACGUUCUGUAAAAGUCGAAGGAACAGCGGCGGAUGAUCAAGGGGCAUGGGUUCUUAGGGGUAUCGCCGACGUCUCGGGUAACGUGGUUCUGCGUCACUUCCUCUCGGAGGGCAGCUUUGAGCAAGGGUGGGAAUAUCACGGAGUCGUGAACCUCGAGAGAGACACAGUGGGCGGGUUUUGGGGCUCUGGAAACAUGUCACGCCAACUGAGCAACGGGACGUUUUUCUAUUUCAAAGAUUGA